CAAAGAUGUAUCACACACUCAACUAUAAGAUCGGAGCUGUCUUCUCAAUCUUUCUUGCCGGAGUAUUUGGAGUCUGUUUACCUAUCUUCGGCCUCAAGUCAGACAGCAAGUUUUUCUUGUUCGUCAAGGCAUUUGCAGCCGGAGUAAUCUUAGCCACCGGCUUCGUCCAUAUACUUCCCGAUGCCAUCGAUAGCCUCACAAGUCCGUGUAUUGGAGAAAAUCCACCGUGGGGAGACUUUCCGGUGACGGAACUCGUAGCCAUGGCCGCAGCGAUUCUGACCAUGUUGACUGAGUCCUUUGCUUCAGGAUAUUUGAACAGAUCUCGGUUGGAGAAUGAAGCUAAGGCCUUGCCGGUGAGUAUCGGUGGAGAUAACGAGGAACAGUCUGAUGAUACUGUCUCUGCUCCUACUCAUGCAUCAAUAGGCCAUUCUCAUGGCUUUCUGCUCAUUUCCCAAGAUGAUCACGUUGAUCCGAGGAAAAGGAUUUUAACUCAGAUAUUGGAAUUGGGGAUUGUGGUCCACUCGGUGAUCAUAGGAAUAUCUCUAGGAGUUUCUCCGAGUGUAAGCGCAAUAAAGCCUCUCGUGGCUGCAAUAACUUUUCAUCAACUGUUUGAAGGUUUUGGCCUUGGUAGUUGCAUCUCUGAGGCCAAGUUUAAAGCUUCAAAAACUUGGGUUAUGGUCGGCUUCUUCUCGCUCACUACACCACUAGGGAUAUUAAUCUGGAUUUGUGUAUCCCGAAAUUAUGACGAGAAUAGCCCAGUAUCGCUUCUAGUGUCCGGUUUCCUUAAUGCCGCUUCCGCUGGCAUUCUCAUCUAUAUGGCUUUGGUCGACCUGGCGUCUCCUCUGCUCCUCCACCACGAACGUCAAACAACCACCUUUACGAUACAACUACUUUCUAGCGUUUCAUUUAUUUCGGGUUCAGCUCUUAUGUCCCUUCUAGCCAUUUGGGCGUGAUGAAUAUGUUGACUUUCUUCAUGUAUUGGUACGAUAUUGUGUUAU